AUGAGAAUCCAAAGUAAGACAUCUCAUUUAAAACCAAUCUUUCUUCUUCUUCUUCGUCUUCCACUUUCCUUAUCUCUCCAUCUCUGUGGAGAGACAAAGGAACAUUCUUGAAGUCUUUCUUGCACAAUGCUAACUCAUUAGCUGAUUCAAGAAAACAAAGCUCAAAUAAACGUGUUCUUGUUCUUGUACUGAUAAUGCCGUCAAACGCCGUCGUUUUAGCGGCGGUCUUGUGCUUGUUUCUUCUACCAACGUUCUCCGUCGCGAUACGCACGGGUCCGGGGAGGAUCACGACAGUCAGCGGCGGAAGAAACGCGUUCAGUAAACUCGGUCCGUUCAUGGAAGCUCCGGAAUACAGAAACGGCAAGGAGUGCGCGUCUUCACCUACAAACAGAGAGAACAUCGUGUCGUCUUCUUCUUCUUCUUCCAACGAUCCCUCUCUAGUCCACAUCGCGAUGACUCUAGACUCUGAGUAUCUCCGCGGCUCCAUCGCGGCCGUCCACUCCGUCCUCCGCCACGCGUCGUGUCCAGAAAACGUCUUCUUCCACUUCAUCGCCGCCGAGUUCGACUCGGCGAGUCCACGCGUCCUGAGUCAACUCGUCCGGUCGACGUUCCCGUCGCUGAGCUUCAAGGUCUACAUCUUCAGGGAGGACACGGUGAUCAACCUGAUAUCGUCGUCGAUCAGGCAGGCGCUCGAGAACCCGCUGAACUACGCGAGGAACUACCUCGGGGACAUACUCGACCGGAGCGUUGACCGGGUCAUCUACCUCGACUCGGACGUGAUCGUCGUCGACGACAUCACCAAGCUUUGGAACACUGUGCUGACGGGGACACGUGUCAUCGGGGCUCCGGAGUAUUGCCACGCGAACUUCACGCAGUACUUCACUUCGAACUUCUGGUCGGACCCGGUUUUACCGGGCGAAAUCUCGGGUCGGGAGGCUUGCUAUUUCAACACGGGGGUGAUGGUGAUGGACAUGGUUAGGUGGAGGGAAGGGAACUACAGGGAGAAGCUGGAGAAGUGGAUGCAGAUCCAGAAGAAGAUGAGGAUCUACGAUUUGGGUUCUUUGCCACCGUUCUUGCUUGUGUUCGGAGGGGAUGUGGAGGCUAUCGAUCAUAGAUGGAACCAGCACGGUUUGGGAGGGGACAAUAUACGAGGAAGCUGUCGGUCUCUGCAUCCUGGUCCGGUGAGUUUGUUGCAUUGGAGUGGGAAAGGGAAGCCGUGGGUGAGACUUGAUGAGAAGAGGGCUUGUCCGUUGGAUCGUCUUUGGGAGCCGUAUGAUCUUUAUAAGCACAAGAUUGAGAGGGUUAAAGAUCAGGCUCUGCUUUGGUUUGCUUCGUUGUCGGAGUUAGCUGAUGAUUGAAGCUUCUUGUGAGAGAGGUUAAAAAGAAAGGAAAGUUACAUUGUUUAUUUUCAUGUUGUGCGUUUACAGGUUCUACAAAUACAUUUGUUCAGGUGAUUCUUUGAUUUUCUGGUGUAUAAAAUGGAAUUAGAGAGGGAGAGAGUGAGAUAUAGAGGUUGAUGAACCCCUUCUUUGAGAAUUCUUUUUUCAUUUUGGUGCUUCCUUCUUGUUCCUUAAUAAAACUCUUCUUGAAGUGCA